AGCAAGUUUUCUUGCAAGACUACCUUCUCGCUGGCUCGAUCACAGCGCCUCCUCGAACUCCUCGCUCGGCGAGCUCUACGGGCCAAUCCGACAAUGGCGCUCGUGGAGGUGCCCAAAGGCUAUCCUCCACUGGAGGAGAAGAAACCUUUACAGGGCCCUCCUCCCGUCAUAACUACGCCUUGCGACCCAUGGCCUCGACCAUACUACCUCGAGAACGGGUUGCGACGAGUGGCGCCAUAUCACUUCACAUACAAUACAUACUGCAAAGAGAGGUGGAGAGGACGAGAGCUCUUGGACAUCUUUGCAAGCGAAUUUCGUGAUAGACCAGUAGAAUACUAUAAAGAGGCUAUAGAAUCAGGAGCGGUAGUUGUCAAUGGUAAGCCAGUCCAGACAACAAAACAUAUCGUCAAAAAUGGAGACGUUAUUUCCCAUACAUUACACCGACACGAGCCCCCGGUCACCGCACAGCCUAUAUCAGUUUUGCAUGAAGAUGAUGACAUGAUCGUUAUCAAUAAACCAUCUGGUGUUCCUGUCCAUCCUGCUGGUCGUUACAAUUACAACUCGGUGGUCGAGAUAAUGCGGGCAGAGCGUGGCCAUGCUUGGAACCCGUUACCGUGCAACCGGCUGGACCGACUGACAAGUGGAGUCAUGUUUAUUGCCAAACACCCGAAGGCAGCAGAGAAGCUGAGUAUGCAGAUAUCACAGCGGACAGUCAGAAAAGAGUAUGUGGCACGAGUCAAAGGAGAGUUUCCCGCAGAACCGGUCGUCUGCAACAUGCCGAUACUACAAAUAUCUCCAAAACUUGGCCUCAACCGGGUCCGAGCAAACGGAAAAUCUGCAAAGACUGUAUUCCACCGUCUUGCGUACUACCCACCUACCUCAGACAGUCCCUCAAAAGAACCCACUACUCCAGAACAAGCCAAGCUUGAGGAGGCAAGGCCGUGGCUAAAGAAAGAAGGGUAUUCUAUUGUUAGAUGUCUCCCGGUAACAGGCCGCACGCAUCAGUUAAGAGUCCACCUACAAUUUCUUGGGCAUCCGAUAGCCAAUGAUCCAAUAUAUUGCAAUCAACGUGUUUGGGGGGCAACGUUAGGAGCCCAUGAUGCUGAUGCCUCUCAAGAUUCAGACGAAGAUAUCAUCACACGCCUCUCGAGGAUGGGAAAGUCCGAAGUGGCUGAUGCUGUGGCAUAUCAUGACGAGAUGGUCGAUGAAUACAAUAGAAAGAAGGCUGAGAAGAUGUCAGGCGAGCUGUGUGAUGUGUGCUCUACGCCACUUUACACAGACCCAGGGGAGCAGGAACUCUCCCUGUGGCUCCACAGUCUCCGCUACGAAGAUGCCUCUGGAGCUUGGAGUUACGUUAGUCCUUUACCUGCGUGGGCCCUUCCUCCCGAAGGUAUGGAAGGAGCAACGGAAGUUGGAGGAAUGGAUACACUGGUCGAAGCAGUCAAAGACGAGAACCCUGAGAUCGCAUAACUCUUGCAAUGUUGACUCGAACGGCAUAUGUGCAUGGUGUCUAAGGGUACACUACCCGCAUUUGAACAAUACUCCAGCGCAUAGAGUGACCCACACGCCACCUAUGAGCAGCGAAGUUUCCUGACAAGCAUAAGGCUAAGUCAGUUGAGAUCUUAGGAAGUCACCGUUGAGUUCUUGAUAUCUACCGAAUUUUGCAUCCAGAUAGCUGGAAUUCGGGGAUUUCGCACAUUUGAAUAUCUCCUCCUCGGGGGUUGAAUGAUUUGGGCGGCAGCAAUCUAGAUUUUGAGAGCUGUAGAUAGAAAGAGCAGACCUUGAUAUCAUGC